AUGUAUUAUAAAAAGCAUGAUAAGUUGACUUACGGCAAUGUAGAUAUUGCUGGAAGUGCUAUUCCUGAGAGGUUCUUUGAGCAUGGAUCUCACUGGUAUGGUUGGAUGAAUAGCGUCGAGGUGUCGACUGCCCAAGGUCACAAAAACACCUCCAGGAGUUGCCUCCAGUGAGGAUAUUGCCCCAAGACUAUUGGAGUACUUGUGAGACUUGAGAUGCUUGAAUACGGAACCCUGAUCAGUAGAACGAGAUGGAAAGGUACGAAAGACGUGAAGGCGAUUAUUUUCAGCGACCCACAUUUCUUCAUUGUCCAUAAGAGAGAUUUUUCGAGGGUAGGACCGGAACUUAUGUCGUGCAAGGGGCUCAUUAAAAUUUCGGAGAUCCCAGGCGGCUAA